CGGGAAUGCGAUCCUUUAUCGUCCUAGUUUCAUUCACCAGCAGCAGCUCUCAGGCACGAUGACAAUAUGUGGCUUGGCAGUCUACCAUUAGAGAUGAUCAGGCGCUCCCUUUAAAAUAUGUUUCGAGAGGCAUAUUUAGCGCCGAAUAUAACGUUGUGCGUUGGACCCCGGCCCUGUUAUGAAGUUCACGUCUUUGCGCCUCCUCCCGCUCUUUGCAUUGGUCGUUUCCUCUCGUUUACGAAGACGUGACAGCAACGAUAGUGAAUAUACAACUAUUAGCGUCCCUGUGGCCGUCAACAAUAAUUCGUACUCGGUCAGUGUCGUUAUGUCAACAGAUGCUUCGGCGCAACAUUUCUCGUUUGGGUUCACAACAAGCACCGGCUAUGCUACCGUCGCGGGUACAAGAUGCCAGACGUGCGACGGCGUUCAGUCAUAUAACCGUACGGAGUCCACGACUGCGACAGACCUUCCUGGUGGCCAGAACGUCGCCAUAAUAGGUGGCGCUUCCGCGGAUGGGAAUUUAAUCACGGAAAACUGUGGUCUCAAGAAAAGCGAUGGACAGGACCGGAGCUACGCUAACCAGACCACCGUGGUAACUAAGCAGUCAAAUUCUAUGUUUUCGCCCGGAAUUUCUGGUAUCUUAGGUCUCGACCCAAUUCAAGCGCGUCUUUCUCGUCCAUCGGCAGACUUCCAAUUGACCAUCUUCGCAGGAGACGGGAAUUUCAAUGCCACGGUCUUCGGUGGUUACCUUUCAGGACAGCCAGUCGGUGAAAAUUUUACUUACGGUAUGACACUGAGCCCUAAUACCGGCUCCUCGAAUAACGGAGGAUAUCUUCAUCUUAUCCAACCCGAGACGUCAUACUACCAAGGCAACGGCUCCUGGAAAGAAAUGCAGACGUUCAAUACCAACAGUCUAAAUACGGACUUCUACAUCUCUCUCGACAGCUGGACGUUGACCACAGGCAACGGCAAUUUUUCUCGUAGCGGCAACCUCGUAAUUGCAAUCGACCCAAUCUACCAUGCCAUACGAUCGUCCUCCCUCAGCAGAUGCUAGCGCCCUGUCCACAUUCCGUCCACAAAUGUAUACCACAUUCCAUGCAACACACAAAUGAAAAUGAUUCUCACCAUCAACAACUUGGGGGUCACUCGAUGAGUCGGCCCUAAUCGUCAACCAGAACGGCCAAUGUUUCGGUGUCAUCC